AUGCCAAUCACAAAACCACAUGUAGUCAUACUUGCAAGCCCGGGAUUGGGGCUUCUUAUUCCGAUUCUUGAGCUUGGGAGACGCCUUGCCCAGCUUAACCUCCAAGUCACGGUUUUUGCUGCGGCGACUGACUCUUCUGACCGGAUAUCACAACAGAUUGAUUCACAAGAUACAGAUUUAGUUGAAGUUGUUGUACUCCCGCCAGUGGAAAUUUCUGGCCUUGUCCCUCCGAAUGCAAUUCUACCAGCAAAGAUUUUGGCUAUCAUGCAUGAGUCUUUACCACUCCUCCGAUCAGCGUUUUCUGCAAUGACAACAUGUCCAAAGGCUCUGAUUGUCGACGUCUUUGGAAUUGACGCUUUGGCAAUUGCAAACGAGUUUGAGAUGUUGAAGUACGUAUUCGUUGCUUCUAAUGCAAGGCUUUUUUCGAUUUCUGUUUAUGCUGCAGAAGUUGAUAGAGAGGUGUUAGAAGAACAUGUUAACCAGCAGCAACCACUAAAAAUUCCUGGUUGCUCUCCUCUCCGAUUCGAGGAUACCUUGGAGCCCUUGAAGGAUCCUAAUGGUCCCGCAUUUCAUGGAUUUGUUGGCCUGGCAAUGGCGGCAGCAACAUCAGACGGAGUUCUGAUAAACACGUGGGAGGAUUUGGAGCCCACAACUCUUAGAGCCCUGAGAGAUUCUAAAUUGUUAGGAGGGACCUUCAAGGCACCAAUUUAUCCUAUUGGCCCAGUGUCAAGGCCGACUGGAUCAUCGAUUUCGGAAAAUAGAAUACUGAAAUGGUUGGACGAUCAACCUACAGAAUCAGUGAUAUAUGUGUCGUUUGGAAGCGGAGGAACAUUAUCCGCAAAACAAACUAUAGAGCUGGCAUGGGGUUUGGAGCUGAGCCAACAAAGAUUUAUUUGGGUGAUACGUCCCCCAUCAGAGAGUGAUGCUUCAGGAUUGUUUUUCUCUUCAGGGAAAAAGUCUUCCAGUUUCCAGGAUUACUUACCAGAAGGGUUUUUGACUCGGACCCAGAAGGUAGGCCUGGUGGUUCCGAUGUGGGCUCCUCAAUCCGAAAUCCUGGAACAUUCAUCUGUUGGUGGAUUUUUAUCACACUGCGGAUGGAAUUCAGUGGUUGAAAGUAUAACAAACGAGGUAGCAAUCAUCGGAUGGCCACUGUAUGCAGAGCAAAAGAUGAAUGCGACGAUGCUGACGGAGGAGAUGGGGGUGGCAGUGAAAUCCAAGGAGUUGGCGUGUCAAAGUAUAGUGGGGAGAGAAGAGAUAGAGAGGAUGGUUAGAAAGGUUUUGGUGGAUAAAGAAAGCCAUGGAUUAAAAAAGAAGGUGAAGGAAUUAAAAUUUAGUGGUGAAAAAGCUUUGAGUAACGGUGGCUCCUCCUAUGAUUCACUCUCCAAAGUAGCCGGCAGAGUUUCCGGCAGAAAUGAAUGAGCCAU